AUGGUUUUUCAUCCAGCUCGAUUACAAAAUGCUACAUUAAAUGUUGUUGAUCGAACACAUAUUUCUACAAAACAUUUACCAGCUAAAUGGCAAUUAAAUGAUGAAUGGUACAAUUAUGGUAAGACCUAUUGGAAUGAUGUUCAUGUUUUGAUUACAAUUGAUGAAACAAGUUAUAUUGGAGGAGAAAAUGGUAAUAUUCAUCCAAUGAGUUGGUAUCGAGAAUUUGAUGGUGGUAGAUCAUUUUACACAGAAAUAAGUCAUACCGAUGUCACAUAUCAAGAUCCUAUGUAUCUUCAACAUUUACUUGGUGGUAUUCAAUAUGCUAUGGGAAUCGAUAGUAAUUAA